UGACCCAGGGACACGCUACUCCCUGACCCUGCGGCUGUGCAGGACCAAGGGGUUGCGGAGACCAGAGGGGGGCACUAUCCUUCUGGAUUCGGUGAGGUCCUAGGGGUUCCACCCCACCUCUGGGGGAGACAGAUUAUAGCAGGAUGAUGUGGAUGCAGUAGGGCUGGGGAGUAGGUGUCGCAGAGGCCUGGAGUUGCACCAAGAGGAUGGAGACAGGUGGAUAGUGUAAGGAGGGGGAUCCAGGCAGGAGCAAAGCACAUGCCAAGGAUAGAAGAUGAGAAUAAGCAGCCACCAGACCUCCAAGGACCUAUGGGCAUUGUGGGGCAGUGGGGAGCCAUGGAAGGGACGUGAACAGGGAAGAUUCAUGGGGGAGAAUGGAUUGCAAGGCGGAGGCUGCUGCAGUGAUUCUGAGUGAGAGGUGGCAUUGCGUGGACUAGAUGGGGGGCCAUGGGACAGGAAGGAGAAACAGACUCAGAAGAGAACUAGGAAAGGGGUAGGAAGGGGCUGUGACAUCCACUACAAGGAAGGGUAGUUAGUAAGUGAUAGUGAGUGGGGCUGGGCUCACUUCCCUCUGCCUGCCACCCUCCACCCUCCUACUAGAUUGUGCUCUUGCCGUGGGUGAAGGAGUUGCCUGGGCUGAGAUCUGUGGGCCACAGAUCCCUGGGGCCACAGAGCACUUACAGGAACUCCACAAGGCAGGCUGCGUGGAGGCAGCAAGGACUGGCCUCCCCAGCACCGUGUCUGAGGUUUGUGCCCGCCUUGUCUGCAGCAUCUCGGCCCUGCUCCAUGGGGGUAGCCUUGCAGGAUAAAGGGCACUUUAUCCUGCCCUUUCACCGCCAGGUUUCCCUGAGUACUGAGUGAGCCCCACUAGGUGGGCAGUGCCCCUGCCAUCCUAAUAUCAUUGGUCGUACCUGUGACUGCAUGUCUGAAAUAUACAGCGUCAGGCCCACUGGCUGCAGUGCCCUGCACCUGCACUGGACACGCUGAGUUGUGCCAGCCACUCACAGGGGUCUGCCAGGCUUGCCCGGGAACCGCCACAGGCUGACAGUGUGCGAGGUGCUUGGACGGCUACUAUGGAGACCCCACCCUGGGCUCAUGCCAACAGUGCCGACCUUGCCUCUGUCCUGGGCACCCUGGCUCCGGCCUCUAUCAUGGGAUUUCCUGCCAUGUGGACAGUGCGAGUGGACGUGUCCCAUACCUCUGUGCACCUGGCUAUGUAGGCCCCCCGCUGUGACCGCUGUUCCUCUGGCUACUUUGGGCACCCUUGGCCAGGGGGAGAUCCCAGAAGGAGUCCGUGCCGGCCCUGUCAGUGCAACAAUAAUAUUGAUCCCCGUGAUCCUGCUACCUGCGAUGCCCGCAGUCGGGACUGCCAACGCUGUCUGCACCACAGCCAAGGUCCCAGCUGUGUCCGCUGCAGGCCUGGCUUCCAUGGCUGUGCUCUGCGUCCAGGGGGCUGCCGGCAUGAGCGUGUGGCUAGGAUGGGUGAGAACACCCCAAGGCGGGUGGGUGCGUUCUCUUUACUCAGUCCCUUCCUCUUCCCCAGGCUGCAGCUGUGACCCCCAGGGCACUGUCCCUGCAUGGUGUCCCUCUUGGGCUGAAGCCUGCUUCUGCAACCAGGUCAGCAGGCUGUGUUCUUGCCACCCUCACACACUGGGGCAGGACUGUAGCCACUGUGCCCCUCUCUUCUGGAACCUGGGGGGACCCCGGGGCUGUGAGCCCUGCAAAUGCCAUGCCCAACACACUGUGCAGCCGGCAUGUCACCCAGGGAGUGAGGCCCCGUUGCACAUAGCUGUGGCGGCGUCCGGGUGUGAGUGAAGGUGUGUGUGCCUCUGACAAGAUGUUACUUGUAGCUGGUGUGAGUGUUCACGCGACCACCAGCACCGGGGUGUGUGGCUGCAAACAGCUGUGUGAGUCUCUGCUUUUGUGUGACAUCAGCUAUAAGGUAAUGGCAGGAUUUGGGGUAAGGCAGACAUGAGACCACACGUGCCUGACCCCACAUGCAGCCAUGUGCUAGUGUGCGGGUGACCCACUGUGAAUGGGUCCCGGCAAGUGGACUGAACGUGGCAGGGGCUGGCAGGGGAGGCUGAGGGGACACAGGUGAAGGGUAAGGAUUGAGAGCUUGUGCAGGUAGAGGGGGAUGGCCACUGUGAGCAGGAGUUUCCAGGAGGAGAGUGAUCAGCAACCAAAUGAAACGAGGCCUGAAGUGUGUGCUCUUAUGUCCUUGGCAAAGAGACGGUGGGAGGCAGGGUGAAGGAGACAGCGGGGUGUUCAGAUCAGGACACAGAAUAGCAAGUCAGGAGUUGAGAAACCAGAGGGUCUGUGGGAGGCUGGCAAUGUGGGAAGGUGGGGGCUGGCCAAGGAGGUCAGGCCAGAGGAAGCAGGAAAGGGAGAAGCCUUCGGCCAAGCACAGGUGUGGGUGCUGCCCAGGGCAGCAGCAGGGCAGGGAGAAGACUCUGUGCUUGGUAUGCAUACACUGCCUUUGAACACUCGUGUCCUUCUCCCUGGCCCAGAGGAGGCUCUGUGUUCCUACUGACUGGCCCACACUCUCUUCCCUCAGGUCCCAGGUCAGUGCACCUGGGAUUGGGAGCCACAUUUGCUCCAGGUGUCUAGGUACUGGGGUGACCCAGAGCAGGAAUGCAGAGGUGAGAAAGCCACUCACAUGAUCCACACCACCAGGGAUGAUGUUUCCCUGAAGGGGCCCAGUGUGGAGUAGCAGGGGAACGGUGGGGCUUUCCUGAGGGAGAACACAGCAUGUUUAUUGAUGUUUCCCCCAAAACUCAAAGAAAUACUCAUGAAAACAGCUGUUGGCAAGGCCAGGUGGGGUAUUCCUAGAGAGAGCACACAUCGGGUGGCUCUUUUCUGAACCCAUCUGCCAGUCCUGCACCCCAGCUGACCCUUGACUGGACUAUAGAGCUUCCGGAGCAUUGUGCUGUUUCCCUGCCCAAAGGCUGCCAUGCCAUAUGGCCUCUGUGGCCAGGGAAGAUGCCAGUGCCCAUGGUCAUUCUGAGCAGUGGCUUGGGCAAAGGCUUGUGUGCACCCUCCCACUCACACAGGGCUGUUCUCCAGGCUUCUUGGAGGCAAGGCUGGGGCAAGUGUUGCCUGCUCCCUGCCCUAACCCUGUCUCUCCCCCACAGCCUGUGCCUGUGACCCACAGGGCUCCAUCUUGCCCAGCUGUGAUCCACACACAGGUGCCUGUUUAUGCAGAGAGGGUAUCUCAGGGAUGAGGUGCCAAGUGUGUGCCCGUGGUUCCAGAGGUGGCUUCCCACACUGCAUGUCUUGCCCUACCUGUUUCACCUCCUGGGACCUAUGUCUAGCUCUGCUCCAGCUGCAGCUGGAAAUUGGGGCCCAGAAGAUCACCUUCCUAUACCAGGGGAUGCCUGACUGGGGUGCUAGGGGCCAGGGUGAACACCUGCAGGCCCUGGAGGGGAUAUCCAGCAAGCACAGAUUCUCCUGGAAUCUUCUUCACCUGUUGCGGGGACUCUGGAGCAACUUAUGGAGUGGAUAGCUGGAUUCAGGCAAGGGGCCUUGGGUCAGUAAGGAGGAGGUCUCCAGCUAGCUUCUCAGGGUUGGGGAUUUCAGAGGGUCUCAGGUUGGCCUGUCUGAGUCCUGGGUUUUGGAGUCAGGUGGGUUUUCUUGAGUGAGGAGUCAUGGAGGAGAGUACAUCUCUGGUCAGGCUGAUAACUCCGUCUUCCUGCAGGAGGAAAGUAACUGCGUUGGUCCAGACACUGGGCCACGGGGCAGUUUGUGGCAGAAAGAGAGCCAUGGUUUAGGAGGCAGUGUGAACAGCUGGAAGAAUUAUUCCGGCAGCUAGACUGUGUCAAGGGCUUGGCCUGGCCCAAAAGGGCCAUAGGAGCCCAACGUGAGGCCUAAUGGGCAGGCGGGUGGGCAGGUGAGGGUAAAGGCUAGGCUGGGGCAGAAGGAAGGGGCCAGGCGCCCUUGCUUAUGUCUCUGGGGAACCCAGAAGGCUGAUUGGCCCUGCCUCAGCCAGUGGAGCCCUGAGUCAUCCCUCUAUCCCUCCCUGCCAUCCCCUGCAGAUGCUGCGGCCCAGGUCUCUUCAGCUGCCCUGCUUUUCCAGGAGGCCCUGCUUGGAGCCCAGGUUGUGGCCACAUUUGGAGAACUGGACAGCAACCUGGGAAAGGCCCGAGAGGCCCAGCAGUGGAUGGAACAGCUGCUGCGGGGGGUGGGCCCCCCAGGGACAGGAACAGCUGUGUGGGAGCUGAAACUGAAGGAGCUUGUCAACAGGGUCCAGAUGCUGCAUCCACAGCUUCUGAGACUCCUAGUCAAAGCGGGAGUGGUGGGUGGAGAUAUGGAUCACUAUAGGGGUUUUGCCAAGGCGAGGACUCUCUUCUAGCUGUAACCUGGGUGUAGAGCACUAGGGGAUUUGGGACAUGGCAUUUCUCACUGGAUCACCUGUCUUGUUUGCAGGAAUGCAGGGAUUGGGGACCUGGGAUGGCUGUGUUCCUGUACCCUGUGUUGUUCCCUCUUGCCCUGGGACCCUGCCCACUGCCCACUGGGCUCUGCUUGCUUCCCGUAACUCUUCCGAUAGCCUGGACAUAGCUGCCACAGCCUUAGAGCAGCAUCAGCAACUGGGUUGGAGCGCCGCCUGGUGCAGAAGGAGCAGACACUGGGCAAGAAGGUGGCCACUGGGCAAGAAGGUGGCCACGCUGUGGGCCCUGGAGCUGCGGGCAGCAGAGUUGCUUGAGCACAUGCCGCUAUGGGCAAAUGUGUAUGCCACCUGCUGAUUGCAGUGUAUGGAUGCCGGUAAGACAGACUCUGGGACUACCUGAGUCGCUCAAAGUGACUCAAAGUGAUUGACCCAAGAAUCUCCUGACCUUGAGAGACCAAGGACCCCACUGAGUACCCACUGACGCUGAGUAACCCCCCAUGGGACCCCAUGAUAUCCUCCAAUGAUCCUCUGUCCUUGAGAAACCAGGUAUGUAAAACUCAACAGAGGCCAUCUAGUGCCUUUGACCCUGAUAGAUCCUUUUCUGAGUGAUCUAAAAUUCUGAGUCACCUCUAGUAUCCCUGAGCCCCUCAGGUUGACUACAGGAGCCCCGGGUAACUGGAGACCCCUACUCCAGAUAACUGGAAUAACUCCCAGAGACCCUGAAGGUCCAGUAGAUUGACUGCUCCCCUGCUCAGACUCUUCUUGAGAAGUCUGGUGAUUCCCAGACCCCGGGAAGAACCCCCAGCUUUCUCCCGCGGUCCCACAGCUCUGGGUACUCUCCACCUGGCCCCAGACAGAGUGGGCACAGCUGUGGCAGCUCAGAGCCACCAGGCCCUGGCCCUACAGACCUGCGGAGUCCCGUGGUCCCGCCUGUGGUCCCAGGGGCCAGGGUGGGGCACUUGCUAGCAGCUCGCAUUCCAAGCCUGGGCUCAGGCCUCCCGGCGGGCCAGAAGGUCUGGAGCGGAUGGAUGGCCAUAAGAUCUGGAUUCACUCACUGCCUCUGUCGACUGCCCAGCUCCCAUUUUCAUACUGGAAAACUGAGAAAGCACUUCUUGUGCCUACUUGUUGUAGUGACUAAGGGAGGUGGAGAGCCCUGGAGCCGUGACUUGGGCAGAGGAUGACCUUUCUCCACCUUUCCUCCUACCCCCUUCUUGUCCUGUCGCUUGGGCCAGGCCAACCUAAAGUCUCCCACCUCCCUAAAUAGAGGAGCUCGAUGUCUCUUUGUGUGCCCUCUCACCUCCCCGCUGACGCUGGAGCCCUGGGACUGAACAGCCUCACUGAUGGUGACUUCCACAGCGCCUACAAUGCUAGGGACAAAGGCUGUGUUCCGUGGGCCAUUUGAAGUCUCAAAUCAGACUCCUUUCCUUUGCUCAUGCCACACCCCCUCCUUGGUGCGCACCCUAACUGUGGUGGCUUAAAGACAACCCCCCUUCCCCUUGCUCUGCAGGGGUCUGGGCAAGGGAGCUCAGUAAAGAUUUGCAGGUGAGCUGGCCUGUGUCUGGUUUCUAGAAUGAGGGUGGUUUCUGGAGAGGUGGGAGGGGAACCUCUGUGUGGAAAUGUACUCCUGCCCAAAAUCCGCUCCAUGCUUUCCUUCUUGCCGUGCUUCUCAACUUUGCUCAAAGUCGCAGGACUCAGCUAGUGGAGGGGCCGCCGGCUGGAGGAUUGAGUGGGAGAUCAGCCGCGGACUUACGCGGGCAGGGAUGGAGCGGGCCUCAGGGGACCGAGGGAGGAACCUGCGGGGACAGCCUGGGCCCUGGGAGCUUCGACUGGGCCUACUGCUGAGUGUGCUGGCCACCACCCUGGCCCAGGCCCUGGCCCCGGAUGUGCCAGGCUGUUCGAGGGGAAGCUGCUACCCUGCUACAGGUGACCUGCUAGUCGGCCGUGCUGACAGACUGACUGCCUCAUCCACCUGUGGUUUGCAUGGCCCCCAGCCCUACUGCAUCGUUAGUCACCUGCAGGAUGAGAAGAAGUGCUUCCUGUGUGACUCCCGGCGCCCCUUCUCUGCUAGAGACAACCCAAACAGCCAUCGCAUCCAGAAUGUAGUUACCAGCUUUGCACCACAGCGCCGGGCAGCCUGGUGGCAGUCAGAGAAUGGUGUCCCCGUGGUCACCAUCCAGCUGGACUUGGAGGCUGAGUUUCAUUUCACGCACCUCAUUAUGACCUUCAAGACAUUUCGUCCUGCUGCCAUGCUGGUGGAGCGCUCAGCUGACUUCGGACGCACCUGGCAUGUGUACCGAUAUUUUUCCUAUGACUGUGGGGCUGACUUUCCAGGAGUCCCACUCGCCCCCCCACGGCACUGGGAUGACAUAGUCUGUGAGUCCCGCUACUCAGAGAUUGAACCAUCCACUGAAGGCGAGGUCAUCUAUCGUGUGCUGGAUCCUGCCAUCCCUAUCCCAGACCCCUAUAGCCCACGGAUCCAGAACCUGCUGAAGAUCACCAACCUACGGGUGAACCUGACACGCCUGCAUACGCUGGGGGACAAUCUGCUCGACCCACGGCGGGAGAUACGUGAGAAAUACUAUUAUGCCCUCUACGAGCUGGUUGUGCGUGGCAACUGCUUCUGUUACGGACACGCCUCGCAGUGUGCACCCGCCCCAGGAGCACCAACCCAUGCUGAGGGCAUGGUUCAUGGGGCCUGCAUCUGCAAACACAACACUCGUGGCCUCAACUGUGAGCAAUGUCAGGAUUUCUAUCAUGACUUGCCCUGGCGUCCAGCUGAGGAUGGCCACAGUCAUGCCUGCAGGAAGUGCGAGUGCCAUGGGCACGCCCACAACUGCCACUUUGACAUGGCUGUAUACCUGGCGUCUGGCAACGUGAGUGGAGGUGUGUGUGAUGGAUGUCAGCACAAUACAGCUGGGCGCCACUGUGAACUCUGCCGACCCUUCUUCUACCGUGACCCAAGCAAGGACCUCCGGGACCCAGCUGUGUGCCGCUCCUGUGAUUGUGACCCCAUGGGUUCCCAAGAUGGUGGUCGCUGCGAUCCCCAUGAUGAUCCUGCUCUGGGGCUGGUUUCGGGCCAGUGUCGCUGCAAAGAACAUGUGGUGGGCUCUCGCUGUCAGCGAUGCCGUGAUGGCUUCUUCGGGCUCAGUGCCAGCGACCCUGCAGGCUGCCGGCGGUGUCAGUGUGAUGCACGGGGCACAGUGCCUGGGGUCACCUCCUGUGACCCCAACAGUGGAACCUGUUUCUGCAAGCGUCUAGUGACUGGACGUGGCUGUAACCGCUGCCUGCCUGGUCACUGGGGCCUGAGCCAUGACCUGCUUGGCUGCCGUCCGUGUGAUUGCGACGUGGGUGGUGCCUUGGAUCCCCAGUGCAAUGAGGCCACAGGCCAGUGCCGCUGUCGCCAGCACAUGGUGGGGCGACGCUGUGAGCAGGUGCAGCCUGGCUACUUCCGACCCUUCCUUGACCACCUAACUUGGGAGGCUGAGGACACCCGAGGACAGGUGCUCGAUGUGGCGGAGCGCUUGGGGACCCCUGGUGGGACUCCAUCCUGGACAGGCCGGGGUUUUGGUAGGCUGCAGGAGGGUCAGACACUGGAGUUCCUGGUGGCCUCUGUGCCGAGAGCCAUGGACUACGACCUGCUGCUGCGCUUGGAGCCCCAGGUCCCUGAACAGUGGGCAGAGAUGGAAGUGACUGCGCAGCGCCCAGGGCCUGUGUCUGUCCACAGCCUGUGUGGGCAUGUGCUGCCCAAGGAUGACCACAUCCCAGGGACUCUGCAACCAGAAACCAGGUAUAUGGUGUUUCCCAGACCUGUCUGCCUUGAGCCUGGCAUCUCCUACAAACUGCAUCUGAAGCUGGUGCGAACAGGGGGAAGCGCUCAGACCGAGGCUCCCUACUCUGCACCCAGCCUGCUCAUUGACUCGCUGGUGCUGCUACCCCGUGUCCUGGUGCUGGAGAUGUUUAGUGGGGGGGAUGCUACUGCUCUGGAGCGCCGUGCCACCUUUGAACGCUACCGCUGCCACGAGGAGGGGCUGGUGCCCAGCAAGACCCCUCCCUCGGAGGCCUGCGCCCCUCUCCUCAUCAGCCUGUCCGCCCUGCUCUACAACGGUGCCUUGCCCUGUCAGUGUGACCCCCAGGGCUCACUGAGUUCUGAGUGCAAUCCCCACGGCGGCCAGUGCCUUUGUAAACCUGCGGUGGUGGGGCGCCGCUGUGAUCUCUGUGCCCCUGGCUUCUACGGCUUUGGCCCCACAGGCUGUCAAGCCUGCCAGUGCAGCCCCGAGGGGGCACUCAGUGGCCUGUGCGAAGGGACCAGCGGGCAAUGCCCCUGCCGAACUGGUGCCUUCGGGCUUCGCUGUGAUGGCUGCCAGCGGGGCCAGUGGGGAUUCCCUAGCUGCCGGCCAUGCGUCUGCAACGGGCAUGCAGACGAGUGUGAUGCCCGGACGGGAGCUUGCCUGGGCUGCCGCGAUCACACAGGGGGUGAGCACUGUGAAAGGUGCGUUGCUGGCUUCCACGGGGACCCACGGCUCCCAUAUGGGGACCAGUGCCGGCCCUGUCCCUGCCCUGACGGCCCUGGGAGCCGGCGGCACUUUGCUACUUCUUGCCAUCGGGAUGGGUACUCCCAGCAGAUCAUGUGCCACUGUAGGGCAGGCUACACAGGGCUGCGGUGCGAUGCUUGUGCCCCUGGGUACUUUGGGGACCCGUCAAGGCCAGGUGGCCAGUGCCAACCAUGUGAGUGCAGUGGGAACAUUGACCCCACGGACCCUGAUGCCUGUGACCCCCGCACGGGGCGGUGCCUGCGCUGCUUACACCACACGGAGGGGCCGCACUGUGCCCACUGCAAGCCUGGCUUCCAUGGGCAGGCUGUCCGACAGAGCUGUCACCGCUGCACCUGCAACUUGCUGGGUACAGAUCCCCAGCAGUGCCCGUCUACUGACCGCUGCAACUGUGACCCAAGCAGUGGGCAGUGCCCAUGCCUCCCCAAUGUCCAGGGCCCUAGCUGUGACCGCUGUGCCCCCAACUUCUGGAACCUUACCAGUGGCCAUGGCUGCCAGCCCUGUGCUUGCCACCCAAGCCGAGCCAGAGGCCCCACCUGCAAUGAGUUCACGGGGCAGUGCCACUGCCGUGCUGGCUUUGGUGGGCGAACCUGUUCUGAGUGCCAGGAGCUCCACUGGGGGGACCCUGGGUUGCAGUGUCGCGCCUGUGAUUGUGACCCUCGUGGAAUAGACACACCUCAGUGUCACCGCUCCACGGGGCACUGCAGCUGCCGCCCAGGCGUGUCUGGCGUGCGCUGUGACCAGUGUGCCCGUGGCUUCUCAGGGGUCUUUCCUGCUUGCCAGCCAUGCCACGCAUGCUUCGGGGACUGGGACCGCGUGGUACAGGACUUGGCUGCCCGUACACGGCGCCUGGAGCAGCGGGCGCAGGAGCUGCAGCAGACGGGUGUACUGGGGGCCUUUGAGAGCAGCUUCUGGCACAUACAGGAGAAGCUGGGAACUGUGCAGGGGAUUGUGGGUGCCCGCAACACCUCAGCUGCCUCCACUGCACAGCUCGUGGAGGCCACAGAGGAUCUGCGGCGUGAAAUUGGAGAGGCCACUGAGCACCUGACCCAGCUGGAGGCAAAACUGACGGAUGUGCAGGAUGAGAACUUCAAUGCCAACCAUGCACUGAGCAAUCUGGAGCGAGAUGGGCUUGCACUUAAUCUCACACUGCGGCAGCUGGAUCAGCAUCUGGACCUGCUCAAGCAUUCAAACUUCCUGGGUGCCUAUGAUAGCAUCCGCCACGCCCACAGUCUGUCUGCAGAGGCAGAACAUCGUGCCAACACAUCGGCCUUGACGGUGCCCAGCCCUGUGAGCAGCUCAGCAGAUACUCGGCACCGGACGGAGGUGCUGAUGGGUGCCCAGAAGGAGGACUUCAACCGCAAACACAUGGCCAACCAGCGGGCACUAGGCGAGCUCUCUGCCCAUGCCCAUUCCCUGAGCCUGACAGCCAUAAAUGAACUGGUGUGUGGACCCCCGGGGGAUGCACCCUGUGCUACAAGCCCUUGCGGGGGUGCUGGCUGUCUGGACGAGGAUGGGCAACCCCGCUGCGGGGGCCUCGGCUGCAACGGGGCAGUAGCCAUGGCGGACCUGGCACUGGGUCGGGCCCGGCACACACAGGCAGAGUUGCAGCGGGCUCUGGCAGAAGGUGGCGGCAUCCUCAGCCAGGUGGCUGAGACCCGUCGGCAGGCAGGCGAGGCACAACAGCGGGCCCAGGCAGCCCUGGACAAGGCUAAUGCUUCCAGGGGACAGGUGGAGAAGGCCAACCAAGAGCUUCGGGAACUUAUCCAGAAUGUGAAGGACUUCCUCAGCCAGGAGGGGGCUGAUCCCGAUAGCAUUGAGAUGGUGGCCACACGAGUGCUAGAGCUCUCCAUCCCAGCAUCACCUGAGCAGAUUCAGCACCUGGCAGGCGAGAUUGCAGAGAGGGUCCAGAGCCUGGCAGAUGUGGACACAAUCCUGGCGCGUACCGUGGGAGAUGUGCGUCGGGCAGAGCAGCUACUACAAGAUGCACGGCGGGCAAGGAGCCGGGCUGAGGGUGAGAAACAGAAGGCAGAAACAGUACAGGCAGCACUGGAGGAAGCCCAGAGGGCCCAGGGUGCUGCUCAGGGUGCCAUCCAGGGGGCAGUAGUCGACACACAGGACACGGAGCGGACCCUGCACCAGGUGCAGGAGAAGAUGGCAGGUGCGGAGCGGGCACUGAGCUCUGCAGGGGAGCGGGCUCAGCAAUUGGAUGGUCUCCUGGAGGCUCUGAAAUUGAAACGAGCAGGGAAUAGCCUGGCAGCCUCUAGUGCUGAAGAAACAGCAGGCAGCGCCCAGGGUCGUGCCCGGGAAGCUGAGCAGCUGCUGCAGGGCCCACUAGGCGACCAGUACCAGACAGUGAAGGCCUUGGCUGAGCGCAAGGCCCAGGGGGUGCUGGCUGCACAGGUGCGGGCAGAGCAACUUCGGGAUGAGGCUCGAGGCUUGUUGCAGGCUGCUCAGGACAAGCUGCAACGGCUGCAAGAGCUGGAGGGCACCUAUGAGGAGAACGAGCGGGCACUGGAAGGCAAAGCAGCCCAGCUGGAUGGACUGGAGGCCAGGAUGCGUAGUGUGCUUCAAGCCAUCAACUUGCAGGUUCAGAUCUACAACACCUGCCAGUGACCCCUGCGGGAUUCCUACCCCAGUCCCCAGCCCCGCCCCGCCCCCGUUACUGCCUCUGCAUGGAAAAGUUCCUAGCCUGACCAGGCCCCCAAUAAACCGCUGUGAAUCCCA